AUGGACCGAUUCAUCAACAGCAUCAACAGGGCGGUGGCCACCUCCCCCGUUGGUUACUACUUCCGACUCGAUGGUUCCGGGCAUCCCCUUUCGCGACCCGGCUCGCGCUUCCUCACCGAGAUUCGUGCCGGUCUCGUCACCUUUGCUGCCAUGGCCUACAUUCUCUCGGUUAACGCGAGUAUUCUCAGCUCGUCCGGCGGUCCUUGCGAGUGCGCCAACACCGCUGCCGACCCAGUCUGUGCUAACGAUGCCGCGUACCAGCAGUGUGUGUCCGUGCUCAACCGCGACUACGUCUUCUCGACCGCCGUUUCGGCGUGUGUCGGCACGGUGCUCAUGGCUCUCUUUGCCAACAUGCCUCUUGGUCUCGCCCCUGGUCUCGGUGUCAACGCCUACUUUGCCUUCACUAUCGUUGGUGUAGCGGGUACUGGUAUCAUCCCUUAUAGUCAGGCUCUCUCGGCUGUUUGGCUCGAAGGUUGGAUCUUCUUCCUGCUUUCGCUCUUUGGUAUCCGACAGUGGCUUGCCCGUCUGCUGCCCCACAGCAUCAAGUUGAGCACCGGUGCCGGUAUCGGUAUCUUCCUCGCCUUCAUCGGUCUCGGCCCCAACGGUCUCGGUGUUAUUGGUGGCAAUACUUCUGAUCUCAUCGGUCUCGCCGGUUGCCCUGCUAAGUACGAGGACCCCGAGACGGGCUUCUGUGUCAGCCACAAACUUCAAGCUCCAACCGUCUGGCUCGGCGUCAUGCUCGGUGGUGUCUUUACUGCCCUCAUGCUUCUUUACCGUGUCAAAGGUGCUUUCCUCAUUGGCAUUCUUCUCGUCUCGAUCGUUUCGUGGCCUCGAAACACCGCUGUCACUCUCUUCCCUCACACUCCUAUGGGCGACGAUGCUUUCAACUACUUCAAGAAGGUCGCUAACUGGAACGGUCUCGGCAUGCUUGGUCCCAAGAACAUCGACUGGUCCGGUUACAGCAACGGCAAGGUGUGGUACGCUCUCAUCUCGUUCCUCUACAUUGAUCUGCUCGACACCACCGGUACUCUGUACGCCAUGGCCAGCCACGCCGGUCUCAUGGACGCCCGCACCGGUGACUUUGAAGGUUCCUCGGCUGCCUACCUCUCGGAUGCUGUCGCUAUCUCGAUCGGCUCGCUCGUCGGUUGCUCGCCCAACACGGCUUUCGUCGAGUCGGCAUCCGGUAUCGCUGAAGGUGGUCGAACUGGAAUCACGGGUCUGGUCACUGGUUUCAUGUUCUUCCUCUCACUCUUCUUUGCUCCCAUUUUCGCCUCGUUCCCUUCGUGGGCGACCGGUUCUACCCUGGUCAUUGUUGGAUCCAUGAUGGCUUCCAACACGGCUCAGGUCAACUGGUCGUACGUUGGUGAUGCCAUCCCCGCCUUUGUCACCAUCGUCGGCAUCCCUCUCUUCUUCAAUAUCGCCUACGGUCUUAUCGCCGGUAUCUGCUGCUAUAUUGCUCUGAACGGCAUCCCGUGGAUCAUCCUCAAGCUCUCCCGCGGACAAUUGGUCCCCGAUGGAUGGGAUACCAUGAAGGAGCCCUGGGGUGCGCGCAUGGUCUCGGCCAACGACGACACCACUGGUUUCAUGGCCAUCGUACCUCCUUGGAUGCGAAAGCUGUUGAGCGGCAACCUGAAGUUCUGGCAGAUGACCGACGAUGAGAUCGAGUUCUACCUCGAAGGUAGGAGGGAGACCCAGAGGCUGGCACAAGAGCGUCAGGAGCAACUGGAGAACGAGAGGAGCGCCAUGUAUGGCGCCAACGAUGACGUCGAGGCAAGAGCUUCUACUAGCUCGGCGAAUGAGAAACACUCUACAGGAAGCCCGUCUUUUUCGCCUGUUGAGGUUCCUCGUCAAGGUCCUGUUGCCGCACAGGACGAGGUCGAACACGUUACCGGUACCGCUCGUUAA